CAACCCUACACUCUGUUACUGUCUUAUUUAGCAGAGCGACUUAAAUCAGAUCUCAUCAUAUCACUUAACCUUUUCAAGAACCAAUCCACUUUGUUCUAACCAAUUCCUAUCCCUUGUCUUUCUUCUUCGGAUCAUGGCUGAGUUAGUUGGUGGUGCGUUUCUCUCUGCUUUCCUCAAUGUUGUGUUCGACAAGCUUGCUACCGAUGAGGUUGUUGACUUCUUCCGUGGAAAGAAGGUUGACCUCAAUUUGCUUAAGAACUUGAAGAGCAAUCUGAGUGCGGUUGGAUCUGUGCUUGAUGAUGCUGAGAAGAAACAAAUCAAACUCUCCAGUGUCAACCAGUGGCUCAUUCAGCUCAAGGAUGUUCUUUAUGAUGCCGAUGACAUGCUGGAUGAAAUUUCGACCAAAGCUGCAACUCAAAACAAGGUACGAAAAGUGUUUUCUCACUUUACCAAUAGGAAAAUGGCCAGUAAGUUGGAAAAAGUAGUUGGCAAAUUAGAUAAAGUUCUAGAAGGAAUGAAGGGUCUUCCUUUGCAAGUGAUGGCAGGGGAGAGCAACGAGCCAUGGAAUGCUCUGCCAACAACAUCUCUGGAAGAUGGAUAUGGUAUGCAUGGUAGGGAUACAGACAAGGGGGCCAUAAUGGAGUUGGUAAAGGAUAGCAGUGAUGGUGUACCAGUGUCUGUUAUCGCUAUUGUAGGCAUGGGUGGGGUUGGAAAAACCACUCUAGCCCGAUCUGUGUUCAACGAUGGCAAUUUGAAGGAAAUGUUGUUUGAUUUAAAUGCAUGGGUUUGUGUUUCUGAUCAAUUUGAUAUUGUGAAGGUCACAAAAACUAUGAUAGAGCAAAUUACUCAAAAGUCUUGUAAAUUGAAUGAUCUAAACUUACUUCAACAUGAGUUGAUGGAUAAGCUGAAAGAUAAAAAAUUCUUAAUUGUCUUGGAUGAUGUAUGGAUCGAGGACAUUGAUAAUUGGAGUAAUCUUACAAAACCAUUGCUGCAUGGAAAAAGGGGAAGUAAAAUUCUCUUUACAACCCGCAAUGAAAAUGUAGUGAAUGUAGUCCCUUACCGUAUUGUUCAAGUUUAUCCUCUAAGUAAAUUGUCAAAUGAAGAUUGUUGGCUAGUGUUUGCAAACCACGCAUUUCCUCUCUCAGAAUCAAGUGGGGAGGAUAGAAGAGCUUUAGAAGAAAUUGGAAGGGAGAUUGUUAAAAAGUGUAAUGGAUUGCCUUUAGCAGCACGCUCACUGGGAGGUAUGUUGAGGAGAAAGCAUGCUAUUAGGGAUUGGAAUAAUAUACUUGAAAGUGACAUUUGGGAACUGCCUGAAAGUCAGUGUAAAAUUAUUCCAGCCUUGAGAAUUAGUUAUCAUUAUCUCCCUCCACAUCUGAAACGGUGCUUUGUUUAUUGUUCAUUAUACCCCAAAGAUUAUGAAUUUAAAAAAAAUGACUUGAUCUUGUUGUGGAUGGCUGAAGAUCUUUUGAAGCUUCCAAACAAAGGAAAGGUGUUAGAAAUUGGUUAUGAGUAUUUUGAUGAUUUAGUUUCAAGAUCAUUUUUUCAACAUUCAAGUUAUGGGGACAAUUUUUUUGUAAUGCAUGAUCUCGUGCAUGAUCUAGCAUUAUACCUUGGUGGAGAAUUCUAUUUCAGAUCGGAAGAACUUGGAAAAGAAACCAAGAUUGGUAUGAAGACUCGUCAUUUGUCAGUUACAGAGUUCAGUGAUCCAAUCUCAGAUAUUGAAGUUUUUAACAAACUACAAUCUUUGAGAACUUUCUUGGCAAUUGAUUUUCAAGAUUCCCCGUUCAACAAUGAAAAUGCACCAGGUAUUGUAGUGUCGAAGCUUAAGUGUUUGAGAGUUUUAUCAUUUUGUAACUUUAAAACGCUGGAUGUUUUGCCUGAUUCAAUAGGUAAAUUGAUCCACUUGCGUUAUUUAAAUCUCUCUGAUACAAGUAUAAAAACACUGCCGGAGUCAUUAUGUAAUUUGUACAAUCUACAAACUCUGGUGUUGUCUGAUUGCGACAAGUUGACCAGGUUGCCUACUGACAUGCAAAAUCUUGUAAACUUGUGUCAUCUUCAUAUUGAUGGUACUGAGAUAGGAGAGAUGCCUAGAGGAAUGGGAAUGUUAAGUCAUUUGCAGCAUUUGGAUUUCUUUAUUGUGGGCAAGGAUAAAGAGAACGGAAUCAAAGAACUGGGGACACUUUCAAAUCUUCAUGGUUCGCUUUCUAUUAGGAAUUUGGAAAAUGUAACCAGAAGCAAUGAAGCAUUGGAGGCUAGGAUGCUGGAUAAGAAGCACAUUAAUCAUUUAUCCUUUCUAUGGUCUAAUGGCAGCGACUUCCAAACUGAAUUAGAUGUACUGUGCAAAUUGAAACCUCACCAAGGCCUGGAAUCUCUAACAAUACAGGGCUAUUAUGGAACCAUAUUUCCAGAUUGGGUGGGAAAUUUUUACUACCACAACAUGACAUGUCUACGUUUAAGUGACUGUAUUUACUGUUGUGUGCUUCCUUCGCUUGGGCAACUACCAUCUCUUAAGGAGCUCUAUAUUUCAAACUUGGGUUCAGUGAAGACUGUUGAUGCAGGGUUUUACAAAAAUGAAGAUUGUCCUUCUUCUGUGACACCCUUUUCUUCCCUUGAAACUCUAUCCAUUGUUUGCAUGUUUUCCUUGGAGUUGUGGAGUACCCCUGAGUCAGACGCCUUUCCUCUACUCAAGUCUCUUACAAUAGAGUAUUGCCGCACUAAUGUAUCGUUGCAUGUGUUUCCUCUUUUGUUGGAAUCGAUAGAAGUAGCAGGAAGCCCAGUGGUGGAGUCCAUGAUUAAGGCCAUCACCAGCAUUGAGCCAACUUGCCUCCAACAUUUAAAAUUGAGUGAUUGUUCGUCAGCCAUAUCAUUUCCGGGUGGUCGUCUGCCUGCAUCUCUGAAGGCUCUGCAUAUCAGCAAUCUUAAAAAUCUGGAAUUCCCGACCCAACACAAGCACGAGUUACUGGAAUCACUGUCUCUAAUUAAUAGUUGUGAUUUUCUCAGGUCUCUUCCAUUGGUUACUUUUCCAAAUCUCAAAAGUCUCGAAAUCAGAUACUGUAAACAUCUGGAAUCUCUUUUGGUUUCAGGGGCAGAGUCAUUUAAGAGUCUGUGUUCUUUGAGCAUUUAUGAAUGCCCCAACUUUGUAUCAUUCUGUAGAAAAGGAUUGCCUGCGCCCAAUUUGACUCGAAUUGAAGUUUGGCAUUGCAACAAGUUGAAGCCAUUACCUGACAAAAUAAGUAGUCUUCUCCCAAAGUUAGAACUUCUCGGCAUAUCCAACUGCCCAAAAAUUGAGUCGUUUCCAGAAGGGGGUAUGCCACCUAACCUGAAAACAGUUUGGAUUGAGAAUUGUGAGAAACUACUGAGCGGCCUAGCAUGGCCAUCCAUGGGCAUGCUUACUGAUCUCUCUGUUUGGGGUCCAUGUGAUGGCAUCAAGUCCUUCCCUAAGGAGGGUUUGCUGCCUCCCUCCCUUACGUCUUUGAAGCUAUAUAAGUUGUCAAAUCUGGAGAUGCUGGACUGCACGGGGCUUCUCCAUCUCACAUCCCUGCAACAAUUAGUAAUUGACGGUUGUCUAAAGCUGGAGAAUAUGGCUGGAGAAAGGCUUCCUGUCUCUCUAAUAGAAUUAACCAUAGAGAGUUGUCCUUUGCUGGGAAAACAAUGCCGCAGGAAGCACCCUCAAAUUUGGCCUAAAAUAUCCCACAUCCGUCACAUUAAAGUUGACAAUAGAUGGAUUUAGUGACCAAGGAUGAGCACCGGAGAUGAUAGAUUGUCCUGUAGAAACUGCACCUGUCAAUGGAUAUGAAUUCAACUUUGAACAAGAUCUAAAUGGAACUUCUGAUUUAAUUGACGUGACACUGAUGCAUUCUAAACACAUGAAUUAGAAACUGAAAAGCUUUUCAUUGCAUACAAUAGAGAGGAUGAAAAGCUAUAUCAGGACAACUGCAUGGGAAGAUCUCAGAUCUUUCGACAAGUCAUGCAGUCUUCCUAGGAAAUUGUCAUAUACUGCUCCCUAGGCAGGUCAUCACUUUUGUGUUUGAUGCAAAGAUGGAUAUAUAUAGGUGGAACACUUCUGAAAGGUUUAUCCCAAUAUGUACAGUGCACUGAAUGGGAAAGAACUGGAAGAAAGGAAAUCUUACAUUCAAAGCUUUUGAUGCAAAACAUAAGAGGGAAGGUGGUGGUUUCAUCUGUGUGGAAGGUUUCCAUGAUGUUCUCAGAGAUCAAACUUUCAAACUUGCAUAACCAAAGUUUGAGCACCUUAACGGUACAGGCUUCAUUGUAUGGAAUGAGUUCUGGCAAGUGAUUUUCAAAUAAAAACAACUUGGGAAGUUUGAAGGAAGAAUGAUAUCUGAUGGGGCAAAAGGAGGAGGAAGCGAGGGCGCAGUCAGCUGAUGGCAGAGUGUUUAAGAUUGUUCCAUGGCACCAUCUGGAGCAUAGCACCAGCAACUCCCUGAGCAUACAGGCCUUAAGCCAUGACUUGACUGGUUCAGAUAGACAUGGGAGGGUGUUGCAGUUGUCAUGUUUCAUUUGUAGGGAAGGUGCAUGAUGUGGAAUCUGAAUGUAACCAUAAUAAUGACGAUGGUGCAUGUGAACAUGGUAGGGCCAGGGUCAUGUUAAAAGGGUCCUCUACGUUUGUGUCAAUGUACAGCCAAAAAGGUUCAAAAGGAGUUAAUCAAGAUGCAUUGAAGGUUUGGCAGGACUUCACUGGAAAAAAAGACAUGAUCUUUUGUGACGUGUUUGAUGGUCAUGAUCCUCUAGGACACAGGUUAUCACAGUGCAUACGUGACAAUCUACCCUCAAAAUUCUCAGCACCAAUCAAACUGUCUCAAGAAAAGGCCAUGAAACACUGUCAUGCUAAUGCUACAAAUGGUGGCAGUCAUAGUGAUGUCCAUGUUGAGGAUAACCAAAACAUGUCCUUUCCUUCAUGGGAGGGAACCUUUAUGAGGUGCUUCAGUGAAUAGAUGAAAAGCUUGCUAAGAACAUUGACACUGAUGGAUUUUGUGGCGGUAGCACUGCUGUAUCUGUAAUCAAACACAGAAACUGCACCUGUCAAUGGAUAUGAAUUCAACUUUGAACAAGAUCUAAAUGGAACUUCUGAUUUAAUUGACGUGAUACUGAUGCUUUCUAAACACCUGAAUUAUUAACUGAAAAACUUUUCAUUGCAUACAAUGGAGAGGAUGAAAAGCCAUGCAUAUCAGGACAACUACAUAGGACGAUCUCAGAUCUUUCCAUAAGGCAUGCAGUCUUCCUUGGAAAUUGUAAUAUACUGCUCCCUAGGCAGGUCAUCACUUUUUUAUUUGGUGCAAAGAUGGAUAUACAUAGGUGGGGCACUUCUGAAAGGUUUAUCCCAAUAAGUACAGGUUGAAUUUCCCAUGCUGCUUGAAUCUAUGAAUUUUUUCAAGUUUGGUCAGUAAUCAAAAUGCUCAAAGUGGCCUGUACAUGUUAUUAGAAGUGAAUUCUGUUACAUACUACUGAUUUGCACUUACACCAGUGCACUGAAUGGGAAAGAACUGGAAGAAAGGAAAUCUUACAUUCAAAGCUUUUGAUGCAAAACAUAAGAGGGGAGGUGGUGGUUUCAUGUGUGUGGAAGGUUACCAUGAUGUUCUCAGAGAUCAAACAUUCAAACUUGCAUAACAGAAGUUUGAGCACCUUAGCGGUACAUGCUUCAUUGUAUGGAAUGAGUUCUGGCAAGAGAUUUUGAAAUCAAAAGAACUUGGAAAGUUUGAAGGAAGAAUGACGUCUGAUGGGAUGCAAAACUUCUAACCAGUUGAACAUUUCAACAUUGUACAUUUUUAUGGUAACAAAAUAGAUGGAGACUGAAUCUCAUAUAUGGAAUGUGUCCAUCCUACUGCAAUUGAGAAAUACAUUAAUGUACUGGUGCUUUAACACAUUCUCUUCAUAGUUGAAUACAAUCAGACUUCUGCAAUGAAAAAAAAUACAUCUCUCCUUAUUCUGUCUU